GAUGGUGGAGAAAGCAGAAGAAAAAGUACGACACGACAACUCGUUUCUUCUUGCUCCGUCUUGUAGUGAGCUCUUGCUGCUGCUGCUCAUUCACUUCAUCACAGCAGAAGAAGUCGGUCCUCGGUCGGUAUAUCUAACUUCGCCACCCCGUCACCCAUUAUCCCCCCAUUCGUGAAAGAAAUCUUGCGACGUUGGCGACGUCAAGUUAGCCCGUGACUUUCCAUCACGUUCGAAUCAAAUCAACCGAGGUAGAAAGGGAAAGUUGUGGCGUAGGUCAAGAAGGGUAUCGCGGUCCUCGCCUCGUCUUGUUCCUGCUCCCUUCUUCGGCAUCUUGGUUGAUUUGAUUGGACAAUAUAAUACAGCCAGUCCAGCUAGUCAAGUCGGAAUCCCAAAAUUGAAGAAGAUUGGAGUUUUGUAUUCUUUGUAAAUAUCAGUAUAUGACUUAUUGUGUUGACGGGAAUUUCUGACUACAAUUUAUUAAUAAUAAGAUCUAUUUCGUCAUUUCUUUUCCCGACUAAUUUAUUUUUCUUAACUAAAUGGACCACUUUUCCCUUGGAGGCACCACAAAUCGGCAUCAACAAAUUGGAAACGGAAACUCAUCAAAAUUCAACUUUUCUUCUGGAGGACGGCAACAACACAAUCCAUUGGUCAACAAUAUUAACGGUGGUGGUGGUGGAAAUAGCUCUCAACAACAUUUGCAGUACAACUUCUCAACUCCAGUUUUCCCACAUUCCUUAAUUAGACGUGGAGUAAAUCCGACGAGUUUUCUUAAUCCAACUCCACCAAAUCAUUUCAAUUUCCCGUUGCGAUCUGACACAAACAGUAGUAGUUUGAGUGCUGGAAGGGGUGGUGCUUAUUUAGGAAUAGGAGCAGGAAGAAACAACAAUGCCAACCAUAAUUUGAACAAGUCUCGACCCAAUAACAACAACCUAAACAACGGAAAUUCAAGCCAAGGAUCAUCAUCAAAUUCGUCAUCAACAAGAACCCAGCUAGUGCAGGAACCUUCGCCCCAAUAUAGAAUUUUCAAAAGGGGUGACAGCAUUCCUGGAAUUAUGAGCCCGACAGGUGUAAAUUCGACUGGAGGGGGAGAAGCUAAUAACGACGGAGAUAAAAUGUCAGACCUACAAUUGGGAAAUAGUAGUGAUGUCGCUGCUGAUAAGUUAGAAUUGACUGGACAAAAUAAUAAAGAGAACGACAACACUGGAGGACGCAAAGAUAUUACAGAUCCCAACAGCACUGGCUCUGCUACUCAACCCAAUAAGACGCCUGUCUCUCAAGUCAGUGACAUUGCUCGAUUUCAUAAUUUGACUGUGGAAUACAGACUAGUCGGAGAGAAAGGACCCCCGCAUAACCCCACGUUCACGGUUGCUCUUCACCUAGGCCAAACUGAAAACUAUGUCGGCCAAGGAACCUCCAUUAAGCGGGCACAGCAUGCUGCGGCGAUUGAAGCCCUUGAAAAAACUACGCUGCUACGGCCAACUUCUCGGUCACAACCCAAGAGACCGUUCGCUGGAAAGCGGCCAAAUUGGGCUCUUCUACAACUCACUGCAUUGGCUGAAGAAUUAAAAGAACCAGUUUCCAUUGCGCAAAGGCCAAUAACUAUUAUGAAUCCAUUCCAACGUGGAGACUCUCCCUCCGUCGUUUCAGUUCACGUGGGAGAGAGGAUAUUUUCUGCGGAGGGGCCAAAUUUUAACACUGCGAAAAACUUGGCAUUGAUGAUCGCACUGAAAGCCAUGAUGAAAGUAAAACAGGAAACCAGAAAACUAGGAGCCGCCGGAGGUGAAGAGGCUGUCAACAUGGAAAAUAAAAGUCCCAUAUCUGUCGUACAUGAAUUGGCCAUGAAACGCGACCUGGCUGUUAACUUUGAAGUAAUCAACGAAGAAGGUCCACCCCAUAGCAAGGUUUUCACCGUUAUCUGUAGUCUGGGGGCUGAGGAGGAACACAAAACAGAAGGUCAAGGAGCAACUAAACAAGCCGCAAAAAAAGUGGCUAGCGAGCUCAUGAUUGAAAAACUAUUGGAAAUGCCAAUUUACAUAAAAGGUCCUGAAUCUACUUCCUUAAAAGCGAUACAGCGUGGGCUGUUCCGACAGAAGAGUCCGAGAAAGAAAUCUAGUGUUCCAGUUGUUAAAGACCUGCAAAAAGCCGUUUCUGUAUCUCCAAUUUCCAGAUUGAUCCAAAUUGCACACAUUCGGAAGUACAAGGAACCAGAGUUUAACUUGAUUCAUGACUCGUCCACUGUGAAUGCCCUUCCCGAGGAUCCGAUUGCGUUGAAAUUAAUGUCAGAAAGGGAACGAAGGUCUCUCAGAAAGAAGAAACCCUCGUUUACAAUCGAAGUGAUCGUUGGACCUUACUCUUCCCAAGGGACUGGUCCAAAUAAAAAAGCAGCAAAGAAAGCCGCGGCUGAUGCGGUGCUUAUUGAUAUGGGAUAUGGAGUAAAUGAGAGCGAGGACAAUGAUGCAAGCGGUAUUAGCAACGAGAGUAACAAUGGUGCUCAUGAAAAGAAGUCAGGCGGAAAAACUAGUGGAGAAAUGUCGAAAAACGCAAAGUCAAAAGAAAAUUCAAAAUCUCUUUCCAAUAGCGGAGUGUCGGCUCGUCAAAUUGGAAUUCCAGGAAUCCUGGUUCUUAGCAGUAGUGAAUUGUUAACAAAGAAAGAUUCGCCAGAUGGAAGUCCUACCAAGAGUUCUACAAUGGCACAAGAAAUGAAAAAGAUGAACACUUUGGGUGCUUCUUCAUCUGCAUCAUCUAGUUCGAAUUCAACUUUUAGGGACGGGAUACAGAAGUUGGCUUACUUAGCCAAUUUACUGGAUGUGUCAGUUUCGUAUUCGGACUUUCCAAAGAAAAACGAGUUUCUCAGUGUCGUCAGUAUUGGGACAAAUCCACCACAGGUCGCUCAUGGCUGCGGAGCCACUUUGGAGGAAUCGCAAAACAUGGCUGCCAUAAAAAUAUUGGAAGACUUGUCCAACAUUGGACUUGAUAACGUCAAACCAAGUGAAAAUGGUUCAUCGGCAUAAUAAGGACAAUGACGAAACCAAUUUCAUAUUCCAGUCUCACUAUUUUAUUUAUCCUACUGUUUUCAAAACUCAUUCGUCUCGAUAUUAUUUGCUAAUUAGUAUCCUGUCUACGAUUAUCUCUAGUUAAGCUGAAGUCCUCUUCAUUGUUAUCAUUACGAACCUUCAAGCCAAAUUGGGCAUGGUUUUAGAACAUUAUUUUUGUUCCUAUUCCAUUUUUAGUCAGUCAAUAUGAACCAUUCAAAUAUAAUGCAAGUGAUUGCUGAAUAUUAAGAAUUCACACGCUAAUAUUAUGACUUCCAUAAAGUGUUAGACAAAAAUUAGACAAGCUGUAAUAACUGGUAAAUUGUGCAUAAGUACACUGGUGAAAAUGUUGAAUGUUUAUGAAUUUCUAUAAUGGGAAUGGACCGCAAAAUAGUUAGUUACUGGAUUUUUCUUAGUGAGGCAAAUACCUAACAACGAAAAAAAUUACUAAGUAUGCAUUUGACCCACCCCAAAAAACAUUCAAUAAAAUUAUUCCGGGCCAAACUACUGAAAAGGGGUAGUGCAAUGCAGUCAUCCAAUGGAGAAUCUAAUCACCCAAUUAAAAGUUAUAAAUAAACAAGGUCCCUAAAAAGGGGAAAUCUUAGGACCUUGUUUAUAUCAACACUUUCUCCAAAUCAAUUGCAAGUGAAAUUCCUUAUAAUUUUCACUUUCAACUGAUAAUUCAACAUUCUUAUCUUGUAUUUAUGUAUCAUCUACCGACAAGAAAUCUGCAUAUUUAGAAUCCUUUACGAAAUAUUGCAUUAUUGUUACAAUAACAAUUUUUCCUCCAGGGGUCAGGUUGUUCUUUUUUUCUGACGAUAUGGAUCCAUUGAUUUUGAAGAUUAGUUGUAGUACUCAAUGUUUAUUAGUGAGCAAAUGUAAUACGUAAUAAUUAAAUACUUUCAUGUAAAAUCACAUUUUGGAGUAACCCCAAUGUACGUAACCGUGAAUCGAUGAUGGGAUAUUUCAAAUUGUGAUUAUUCUACAUAUUGAUGUUUUUCCUCUUGCAUACAUGCAUUACAUUUGAAAACUUCUCUGUUGUCCGUGUGGAUAAUAAAUCAAUGUCGUAAAAUA